UGCUGGGGGAGGGGAGGGCAGCGGGUUGAGGUUCCCACAGAGCAGGGUUAUUAGCGAAGAGGGGAAGCCUAUCCGUGCCGGGAAGAGCAGCCUAGGGGGCACUUCAGAGCAGGCAGCGGGGCGGGGUGACUGCAAAGGGGCUGGCAGCGGAGAGGGAAGGGAAGACAAAGAGAAGCCCAGAGCGAACAUGAGAGGCGGGAAGGGGGGAGAACAGGGGAUCAGCUGAAUUCAACCCAGGGGAAACGCUCUUUCCUUCCAGCCGCCCUCCAGGAGGCGCAGGCAGGCCGGGGGGCAGCGGGCGGUUCGGGCCGGGGGAGCGCGGAGCGAGGGGCGCCCAUGGGGAAAGGCGGGGAGAAAGGCGAGGAGGCAGGGGAGCGCGAGGCGCAGAGCCGGCUCUACAGCUGGGAGGAGAUCCAGCGGCACAACCUGCGGACCGACAAGUGGCUGGUGAUCGAGCGGAAGGUUUAUAACAUCACCACGUGGGCAGCCAGGCACCCGGGCGGCCCCCGGGUGAUCAGCCACUACGCCGGCGAAGAUGCCACGGAUGCUUUCUGGGCCUUUCACCUCAACCCCAGCUUUGUGCAAAAGUUUCUCAAGCCAUUACUGAUUGGAGAGCUCGCCCCAGGGGAACCUAGCCAGGACCGAGGCAAAAACCCCCAGCUGGUGGAUGAUUUCCGAGCCCUGAGAAAGACAGCAGAGGAUAUGAAUUUGUUCAAAGCAGAUCCCUUAUUUUUCUCCCUUUACCUGGGUCACAUCAUCAUCAUGGAAGCUUUGGCUUGGUUACUAGUUUCAUACUAUGGCACCGGCUGGAUCACAACCUUUAUCCUUUCCUGCAUCCUUGCAACCUCCCAGGCCCAGGCUGGGUGGCUACAGCAUGACUUUGGACACCUCUCUGUCUUUAAGAAGUCUAAAUGGAACCAUAUCGUCCACAAGUUUGUCAUCGGGCACCUGAAGGGUGCCUCAGCAAACUGGUGGAAUCAUCGUCACUUCCAACAUCAUGCCAAGCCCAACAUCUUCAAGAAGGACCCAGAUGUGAACAUGCUGCAUAUUUUUGUCCUGGGAGAUUCUCAGCCCGUUGAGUAUGGCAAGAAGAAGUUGAAAUACCUACCUUACAACCACCAGCAUGAGUACUUCUUCCUAGUUUUCCCACCUCUCCUCAUCCCCGUGUACUUCCAAAUGCAAAUCAUCAUGACCAUGAUCAGACGCAGGUUCUGGGCGGACCUGGCCUGGGCCUUCAGUUAUUACAUGCGCUAUUUCAUCAUGUACAUCCCUUUCUAUGGAGUUCUGGGAUCCCUGUUUCUACUCACCUUUGUCAGGUUUCUGGAGAGUCACUGGUUUGUGUGGGUCACACAGAUGAACCAUAUUCCAAUGGAAAUUGACUGUGAGAAGCACAGAGACUGGCUCAGCGCUCAGUUGGCAGCUACCUGUAAUAUCGAGCAGUCCUUUUUCAAUGACUGGUUCACCGGGCACCUGAACUUCCAAAUCGAGCACCACCUGUUUCCCAUGAUGCCACGACACAAUUACUGCAAGAUUGCCCCACUGGUGAAGUCAUUGUGCACCAAGUACGGAGUCCACUAUGAAGAGAAAUCUCUCGGCAAGGCAUUCAUAGACAUUGUUGGGUCUCUAAAGAAAUCUGGACAUCUCUGGUUGGAUGCCUACCUCCAUAAAUGAAACUGCAUCGUAGUGGGGAGGUGCGAGUGAUGGGGGAAGGACCAUGUGUUUUUGUUCUUUUGUUUUUUACUGUCAGAUUUUCAGCCUAUAUCUGUGUGCACAGUUGGAGGGGAGUUUCCUGUCUUGUAAAAUGCUACUGGGGAGUGGCGGGGGGGGAGGUUUAAGACACCUUUUUAAACCAGAGGGAUUUUUAAAUGUGUUUGGCACAGUCUUCAGAAGAUGAGUUAAAAGAUCCAUUUCAUACCACCCGGCUGGAAAUUAACCAAGCUGAGUGGAGUUUUCUGUUUUGAAGGGGGAGGAUGAGAGAGUGGGGUGGAUAACCAGAAGAGCAAUUUCUUCCCUCCCUUCCCUCUUCCUGAGCCAUUCACUGCAGCCCUAGCCUCAAUCCCACACACACACAGGCACUUGAUUCAUAAACAUGAUCAGGCCAGCAUCAAAGAGCUUCUGCAUCUGUUCCAAUAUUUACAAUCCCAGAAACCCCAAUCAGCUUACGUCCUUUUCCCCCUUCUGAUGCUGGUGCAGAGGAACAACAGCCCAGGAUUGGAUUGUGUUCAAAAACAAAAAAACCCAAAAGCCUGUUUGAUCACCAACAGAACGGCGAAGUCUCUUGGCUGCGCUGCCUGCUGCAUCCUCCCUGGAGAAUUGGGAGGUGCAGCUGUGAGCAGCAGGUGCUGCAUUAUUUAGUCUGUCUGCCUCGCUCAGAGCCCUGCUGUGGCUUUGUCUCUCACUCAGCCUCUUUCUCUCUCUGAGCACAGCGCUGCGAACUCCCGCAUUAGCUUUGCUGGGACUCUACACAGGCACAAGUAUCCAACUGCAUGGGCCUCAGUGCUGGAUCAGGCUCUGUGUGUGUUUUUACUGCUCACCCCUGUUUUCAGGGGUCUGCAACUCAGCUCUGGGCUGAAACAGCAAGAGGGAUUUAACAAUCACUUAGUCGGGUUUUCUUUCCAUGUGGCCCAUUAACACUGCUGAGAUGUCUGCUAACUAAUGAUAAUAUUGAUGUAUAUAACAAAUUGACCUGCCCAUUGCAGAUGCUUUAUUGUGCUCUUUGGGCAGGAGAGGUUGCAGCUACUUAACACAAAUACAGCAGAGAACCAAGCUACCCUGGUUUUACAUUUGGUGUGAAACUUUCCAUAGAGCACUGAGAAAUGUCUUAAAUUGUCUAGACCUAUUUUCUGUCUGAUACACAGUUACCCAAGAACCAUUAGUGGCUCUAGUGGAGGGUAGUGUUCAGUUGGUUCCGUGACACACGGCCCAAUCCAAAGCCAACUGGUAGCAAUAGAAAGUCUUCCAUAGACAGCAGUUGGCUUUACAUUAGGCCUGGAGACUUUAAUUUAAUACAGUUGAAAGCAAGACAGAUGUGACAUUCCAGUAAUAUUAAGGGCCAAGGUUUCUAAAAAAAGGCCUCUAAACUUCUGCCCAUCCCUCAUUGCUUGUUCAAAACCCACAUUUCCUUGUGCAAAAUAGGUAUUUAGUCAUGCAGUUACCUAACAGCAAGUUUGCAAGCACAUCAUUAGGUCCCAAUCCCACAACUGCAUCUCCCCAAGCAGAUCCUAUCACUCAGAUCAAGGCCAGCUCCAGGCACCAGCUUGGCAAGCAGGUGCUUGGGGCGGCCACUCUGGAGAGGGGCGGCAUGUCCAGCUAUUCGGCGGCAAUUCGGCAGAUGGUCCCUCACUCCCACUCGGAGUGAAGGACCUUCCGCCAAUUGCCGCCGCAGAUCACGAUCGCGGCUUUUUUUUUUUUUGGCUGCCUGGGGCGGCCAAAACCCUGGAGCCGGCCCUGACCCAGAUGGUGCUCCACUAAAAUCAACAGGGCUCUGCCUGCCUGGAGGCAGCUGCAGGACUGGGGCUUAACACUUGAGAAAGUUUAACCCGCUUUAGAAAAUGUCUCCCUGAAGAUCAGAUUUUACUGCACUAAAGCCAGGAAAUUCAUAGUGGACAUUGUAAUUUAACCAAUCCACUGAUGCCUGAAGUUUGUAGGGGACUCUAAAUAGUUGGGUGAUUAUACACACCCUGUUGAUUGCAAUACUUAAAUAUCACCACAGGUGGUUAGAAUCAAGUUUUAUUGUCCUGGUGGUGUUUCAGUUUCAACCAGACCUUGAACACCUUUUAUAUUGCAGUCCCUGGGGUUCCAAUCUCUAAUAGCAUAAUUAACAGUAUCCUUCUGUAUUUUGUAAUCUUUUUGAACAAGGUAGUAAUGAGUUAGCAUGGGAUUGUGGAAAACACCAUUGAAACUGCCUUAAUCUCAGUCUCUUUUUAAUUCAAUGAAUGUAUCUCACUUUCUCUGCUCCAGGAGGGAUGAGCACAAACAUACUGCAGCACCUGCUUUGCAGUCUUCCAAACAGGCAGCUCGCUUUUCGAGAAGAUUCAGAUUCUUUGCUCCUCCAGUUCUUUUUUCCAAAACAAACUCUGAGUUUGGCUGCUGCUUCCUCUGGGCUCUGGCCCCUUUCUCUUUGCUGUCUGUCUUGUUGGAAUGUUGUCCAUUUGCAUGGUAAACGUCCAGAGGAAUCUCAGGAGAGUGGUGACCCAAUAGACCCAUCCCAAACCAGUAGCCUUAUUCUAGUCACGUGCUUUUGUAGUGGUCAUUGAUCAGCUUACUGGAGGGACUUGUGUUUUAUUAAAAGAAUAAUGCAAUUCCAGUAGGGCACUCUGCAUUGCCAAUGCUUGGGAGAUGGCAGCUAUCACUACUGACAGCUGUAGAACCUCGGAACAUUCUAGAAAAGCAAUGGGGCUGGGCACCAUGCAGAAGGAAGGGCCAGUCCUUAAACAGAACAAUUGUUUCAUUUGUCCUGAGCAACAACAAACAAAAUCAUAAAUGGAACAAGUAGGGACAGGCAAGUGCCUGAUAUUGGCUCUUCCCUCUCACCCAGGCGAGCUGGGUGCUUUAGAUCAAACUAUAGAAACAUUCUUGUUCAUGGAAAACUCUGAGUCACUAAGACCUGCAAAAUAAAAACUAUGCCAUUUUAUAGUUGGGAGAGAUUUGAGUGUCGUAUUGUUACGUCUACUGGGAGAUGAAAGUCCUCUCUCUACAGAGGAUCAAGUCACUGACUCCACCAUAACUUGCAAGUGUGUUUAUCUUACUUUAUGUAUUAAUGUAACCUAUGCCUGCUGAGUGUGGUGCUCUAGUGGCAGCUAGACCACCUAGAGAUUAAUGAGUCUGCUACAGCAUUGGCUAGGAGGCAUGUGGCUUUUAGCUCAUGCAAUACAGGUUCAUGCAUUUAACUCCAGAGGUCCCAAGUUCAGUGCUGACAACUGGGGUCUGUUAGUGUCACACUAACAUGCAAACCAAAUUCUCUUAUGAAAACUGUAUGUGUUGGGAACAAUGUCAGCUGUAUCUGUCAAUUUUGCCUCUGGGGCCAGUCCCACUUAAUCACCUUUCCAAAUGAGCAGUGUUCUUCUCAAAACUUCCCUCUUUCGCUGGAACUGAGGCCUCUUUUCUCUCCCUCCCUCCAACUCCAGACAGUCUUUUAUUUAGACAAAGGUGUGUCCAGUUGCAGCAACUCAAUAGAGUGACAAGGUCUCCAUUCAUACAUUGGAGUGAGUCAGGCUGAGCCCCGGUGUAAAGGGAUGAAUCAGGCUCAUUGUAUUCAGAGAAGUGAAAAACUUUCAUGAUGAAAUUUGAAAUUCUAAUCAACUAGCCUGAAAGGUGCAGAGCAGUUUGCAACCCGGGGCAGCAGAGAGAGAUCCUGGCUUUAUUGAAGGCUUUGGAAUGAAAGUCAAGAACCACUGAAGUGGCCUUGUAUGGCUUUGGUCCCAAACCAGCCUAAACUCUGCAAUUUUAGCUGAUUUCGACUUUGUGUUUGUAGGUUUGAACUUGACACUCAAACUGAAAUUCAGGGGUGCAAACAUGGAAAAUUAAAACCUAGUUUGCCCAAAUCCCCAGAGAACAGCAAUCAACGAGUUCCCCUCCCAGAGUGAGCAGGGAAAAAUCUAUAAUGUUUUCUCUCUUUUGAUUAUUUAUUGCUUUUGAAUGAGAUACAAGCACACAACAAACUCUAGGACAUGCAGGGAGCCUGUUGGGGCUUUUAGGAAACAAGCCUGAGCCAUGCCAUGGGUGACUUGGCCUUUGGCAACAUGCAGGCCAUUUCCAGAGGCUGUGGGUUGGAAGUAAGCAGCUUGUUUCGGACAGGACAAUUGAGUGGGUAGACCUGGAGGAACAAUCUUUGCUUCCCUCCAGUUAGCAAGGGGCGGGGUGGAAUGUUGAGGCUAGAAGGUUCCUUGGCAGUUGGGAUUGGCAGUUGGAGGGGGAAGGAGUUACCUGCUGAAAGUGGGGCAGGAGCCCUGGGCGGGGAGAUGGGGAGUACAGGUGGGAAGGGGGAGGUCAUAGGGAGCUGGGGGAUGUGUGAGGGGAACAGGGUCAGGGAUGUGAGCAUGGGGCAGAAAAGAAAUCAGCAGGGGAAAGAGGACGAGGAGAGAGAGGAAACCAGGCUGAGAUCAACAGUCCCACAUUCUCUCUCAUGUCAUCGUUACUUGACCAGAUAAUGGGCUUCAAGGCUGGAUUGUGGCUAGCCCUGCAUGGGUGCACAAGGAGGGAGGACAACAGCUCAAGGAGCGCUCCCUUUCACAAGGAAGGAGAAGGCUCACUCCCAAUCCUUGAUCUCCCUGAGUAAAGACUGGGUGCAUCUAAUGCAAGCAGCAAUACUAGACAACCCAAAGAGUUGGGUUUUGGACCCAUCCUACUCCUACCUAGUUAGCAGAACAGGGCCAGUGCGGGGGAGGGGGAAGAAAACACACACUGCACACUUUAAAGGGGUGUUUCAGUUCUCUCUGAAGUGUGCACUUCUCUAGCACUCUGGGAGACAUGCUGGGUGAGCCAGCUAAGAAAUCUCCUAAAAGCUGUGGGGUAGAUCCUCAGCGGGUGUAAAUCUUGCCACUCCAUUGCUGUCAAUAGAUCUGUGCCAGUUUGCACCAGCUGGGGAUCUGGUCCUCCAAGUAAAUCCUCACAGUAAUUAGUCUGUUGUGGUGAGGGGUAAAAAAGGGUCAGGGGACCUACUGCUGAGGAUUCGUGUACCAUGGAUAACACCAUCCACACAUAUCAAUAGAGGUCUGUGUCAAAAUGCCUCCUUUCUGUAACAAGCUGCUAUACAUCGGCCAUAGCCUCUUCCAACAGAUACUUUUCUAAAAGCCACCCUAACAGAGCCCUAAAAUAUAGUGUGUGUCUAGAGGUAGUUAAAAAAAAAGCAUCAAUUCAAAAAUCAUCAUAGAAAAGCUCCUGACUGUAUCAUUCUUCAAUAAAUAUUUCAGUAAAUCAAAGGAACUAUUUUUUCUAGUGUAUCUUCUCAAUAAAUUCAUAACUGUUGACUAUAAAA